UCGGUGGUGGCCACUGCGGUGGCGGCUACGGUGGCUUGGUGGAUUCCACAUGGGGCAACAGCGACUACCACUACUCGUGGUGUCACGACGGAGGCAAGAAGUAUGACUGGUAUUCCGCUAACCAGUACUGCUCUAGCCUGGGCCCCGGCUGGCAAGGUGUCAGCAUCGAGACUCAUGACGAGAACUACUACAUCUCCCAGAUCAUCUCCCAACACUAUCUAGAGUACAUCUGGACGGGAGGUUUCCGCAACGGUUACCACUUCAACUGGCCAUCAAGAAAUCCUUUCAGCGGCCUCAACUGGUCCCAAACUGGCGGAAACGGUUAUCCUCAGCCCGACAACCGUGAGGACGGGAAGGAGUUCUGUCUGGCUGUGCUCAACAACUUCUACCAAGACGGCAUCAAAUGGCACGAUGUCGCCUGCCACCAUGAGAAGCCUAUCAUCUGUGAGCGAUCCCGCCGAGGUGGCCGCUACCACUGAGCUCUGCCAAUCUCUCUCUGGUUGUUCACGUGACCAAGGAUGCGCUUUUAAUCUGAAGUAAUUGAAGUUGUACUAUGCCACUUUAAUGUUAUUUCUAUACAUGUAACUUAUAUAUAAUAGACAAUAUAUAAAAUGCAUAAAAGAUUUA